AUGGCACAACAGAGGGAUGGAGACAUGCUAAGGGGAGAUGUAUUGGCGCAAACUUGCAAUGAUUUGCUGGCAAAUAUAUCGCAUCUCGAAGAGUCGCAGCUCAGCGAGAUGCAGGACGUUCGCGCCCACCUCGAAGCUAUGAGAGAACUUCUGCGUCGUCUCCAGCCUCUCGAAGGUCGCACAUGGACCCAGGUUAUUCUUGACGAGUGUAGGAAUGCAUUCGGUCAGUUAUCUAUGGCGGCUGAAAAUGGAUCGUCUAAUAGCGUUUCGGAGCCUGUAAGGAAUGAAAUGUCACAAAAAGCCCAAGCGGUUAAGGAUUUGGUUCAUGUUCGAAACAAGCUGUCUCUGGCUUCGAACCUCAGUCUAUGCAAUGAAGACCUCAAAGAUGGAGUCAUGAUCGAAACUGUUCACGAGGGACUUGAUGCAAUCUCGCAGGAGUUGAUGGGUUCUGCGAAUGUCAUCAUGCCAUACACUUUUCUACGUGAAGGUCAUAAGACGUUCGAGUUGCGUGAAGCCACACUAACUGACCACGGGACCGAGAGCACACACAAGAUCAUCUGCUCAAAUUGCUCUUUCCACGAGAUAGCAUCUGUUGCUUCAACAAGAAGUAUGAGGUUCGCUUGUCUUUGUCCAUCAGAUGAGGGCUCACAUGAUGGCGAACUCAGUUACCAAGUACUGCCUGCCACCUUCGUCGUUGAGCACCUACGUCCUAUCCAAACGCGUGAGUGGCAUAUGGUCCUUUCGAGGCCACGAGAUGACUCAAUCGUUUCCAUCAUCAUUUCCGAGACUCAAAAGACAGGUAUGCCUCACAGAACGAUUACUCUCCGAUUUGAAAACGCUCUGAUUGUCUAG